AUGUCUCAGCCUGUUCAUGAAAGUGAUUGUGUGAAGAUCAGAAGCUCCAGAGCAGCUGCAGUGUGUUUGGUGCUGCUGUGUGUUCUUCUGCUGACUGCAGUCAUAGUGCUGUGUGUCCACAUCCAUACAAAGAGCUCAAACUACACACCAGAGACACACCAGCUACUAACUAACAUCACCAACCUCACACAAGAGAGAGACCAGCUACUAACCAUGAUUACCAACCUCUCAGAAGAGAGAGAUGGGCUGAAAAUAAAGACCAAAAACCUGACCAAUGAGAGAGAGCAGCUACUAAACAAGAACAUGGCCUUGACAAAUGAAAGGGAUGAAUUAACUAAAGAAAGAGACCAGUUCAAUCAGGAGAGAAAUGAACUGUGGAAGAUGCUCAAUGAAAUGGGUGGAUAUAUUUAUCAAUCCAGUCUUUACUUCAUUUCCUCUGAGGAGAGGAACUGGGCUGAGAGCAGAAGAUACUGUACAGAGAGAGGAGCAGAUCUGAUCAUCAUAAACAACAGAGAGGAACAAGAGUUUGUUAGAAAGAUAUCUGGAUGACGCUGGAGUCUGGAUUGGUCUGACUGACAGUGAUGUGGAGGACAGAUGGAAAUGGGUUGAUGGCACCACACUGACCUCUGGGUGAGAAAUCACUGAAUUAAACUGAUUAUUCUCUAAUAAAUGAUCAUAUCUCACAGUCAGUAUCAUAUCACACAGGAAGCAGCACUGAACAUCUAAUGCUGAUCUGUUCUUUCAGGAUCUGGGAGUCUGGAGAGCCUAAUGGAUAUGAAAGAGAGAACUGUGCUGUGUUAUAUUCAUCAGGGUGGCAUGAUUAUCCCUGUAAUAAAGCUUUUAAAUUUAUCUGUGAGAAAAAUAUUUAAAAAAAAGAAAGAAAAAAAAGAAAAGAGCAAUUAAAUUAAAUAUAUUUGUGAAGUGUGUUGUAACUGUGUCAAGUUUCUUAAUAUUCUCACCAUAGAUGUAAAUAAUGGCAGUAACUACUGUAUCGGGUCAGUGAGUAAAGUUCAUGAGGACAUCUUAUCACAAUAAACACAUUAUUUAACAUUAUUUAUUAACAUAUUUAAUAAAGUCCAAACAAUGAGUUCAGUCAAAUAUAACCAACAGUAGCUUGAACUCAGACCUCAAAAGUAUUAGCUUUGAUGAAGACAAAGACUGAACAUUAAACCUUUAGAUGACACACAGCUCAAAUACUGAAGAUUGACCAGAUCAAUACAGUGAGAGACACAGAUAACAUGCAGUCACUGAAACAAUGUUCAUGCGUCAACUUUAACAUUUAGUGUUGAAACAAUGGUGAGAUUUCAACAAAAUCAUCAGUGGGAAUCUCAGUGAAUCAACAUUACACUAUGAUUGAUUGUACAUCACUGCUACUGAAUCAAUAUUGAAAUGAACAAAAAUAAUCAAUGGUAAAUACUGAUUGAUCAGUGUUAAUGUGAUGUUGAUUCAAAGUCACUUACACCGUAUUAAUAUUUCAGCAACACUUCAGUAAUGCGUCAACAAAUUCCUGACCAUUUUAAAAAUGUGGAAAACCUUUUAAAAUAUAAAUGACGCCUUUCCAGCAAUUUAGUCAAUUUAUUUUAUUUGACAGUUUAACACAAUCAAUGACAAAAUGAUGUGCAAAAAGGACAAAAGCAUCACAACCUUUAAAAAAUCAUUAAUUUCAGAAGUCUAAUGUCAUCAUUACAAGAGCUCCAAUGAUUCAAGAUCUGGUUUGCAUCAGAAAACUGCCUCUUUUCCUGUUGGUUAAAGAAUAAAAGAAACCAUGAUGUUACUCAAUUCAGUUGGCAUAGAUAGUCACAUUCAGGAAUAUUAAUAUAUUAAACACAAUAUGAUUCACUUUUUAUAAAAACAGAAUAUUCUAACUCUAUUUAUAAUACUGUUCAAUUUCGUAUAUAUUUAAUCUAUAUAUCUACAAUUGUGCUGUUCUCUAUGAACAUUUUGCAUUUAGUCUAUUAACUAGUUGUAGUAGAGUGACCCCUUCUGUUCAAAGUGGGGUAUUGCAUAUAAUUAAGUCCUUAUAUGAUGACAUCACUAAUGUGAGACAAGUUUCAGCAGCCUAGAAGAGAUACAGCAACGGCCGGAAGUGAGGCAAAAUUUCAUAAUAAAAUAACAGUAAAUUAAUUUGCUACUUAUCAGAUUGUAUUUUAUUAACGACUACACCUACCCCAACCCUAAACUUACCCUUAAAAUACUGCAAAUACAGUUAUUAAAUUAAAUAAAUAAAUAUUAAAAUGUCCAGUGGCCGUAGCUGUAUCCCUUCUAGUCUUUACCAAGAGCAUGUAGUCAUGGCUAUUGCUGCUUGAUUUAAGUUGAUUUGAAGGCACUUUUGGUACUAUGUAGAUAUUGCUACAUUAUAAUUCCUGUGCUUAUUUACUUUAAAUUGUUAUAUCUUAUAAGCCAGAUGUUAAAUUUUCCUGAUUAUUUACUCACCUCCAUGUCAUCCAAG